AUGACCUCGUUCCCCGAUUUAUUAGAAGAGCUUAGAUUCACAUUUGGUAACAAAGCAGCGCAUGAAGUAACAGAAUAUGAAGCAAUGAAACCCAUUUAUGACUCUAUAGCCUCCGAAGCAACCCCAGAAACCGAUCCCCAGCAGAAAUGUGUAAGAUUAAAUCUGAUGAUUGCCGAAGAUGCGAAAAUGUACAAGGAUGAAUUUAUCGUUUGUACCCCCCCUACAUAUCACAUGUGGCAUGAUAUCAGUUUAUUCACUGAUAUUAAAACUAUUUUCCCAAAACCAAUUGUUUCUAUGAUGGAACCACAUAUCUAUGUUAUUGGCCAAGGUGCUGUCAAAUGUGGAAACGUGAUCUUGCAUGAGGUUCUAUAUAUUCCAUUUUUACUUGCUAAUAUUUUGGGUACUAACAGAAUGUUAGAAAAUUUCCAUGAUAGUUGUACAAAUGAACCUACUGGGACAAGAUUCUUCGGUAGUGAUAUAAAGUCCAACCUGUUGUGUAAGAAGUUAGGUGGCUUUAUCGUCUUGGACAAGACUUGUCACAUUGAAAUUUAG